GAGGUUCUCGAGAAGCGCAGAGAGGCAUAACACUGAGCAGGAUGCAGAGCACAAUGGUUCCACUGAAUGCUCUACCGGGUGAUGGAAGAGGAGCAGGGACAGUGGUGGUGGCAAUGCCAGAGCAUCCGCCUGAUUAUAUAGUGUGGUCCAUUGCCAGCAUCAUCUAUGGAAACCCAUGCUGCCUGGGCCUGAUUGCCUUUUAUUACUCCAUCAAGUCCAGAGACCGGAAAAUGGUGGGGGACAUGAAUGGAGCAAGGUCGUACGGUUCCACGGCGCAAUGUUUCAAUGGCUUUGCGCUGGCACUUAUCGUUAUCCUCUUCAUCAUCAUGAUCGUGCUGAUGGUUGUGCAGAUUGCCGAAAUGAGGAGUCACACUCAUACAUAUUACAGAGGAUACUAUAAAUAAAAACCCUGUCUCAUGUGAUUUGUUCUUUUUAAAAAAUGACAUAAGCAACAUUAUCUCUCAGAAGAAUGAUGUGCUGUUGAAGUUGAUCUGAGGAACACAAAAUACUUUGUGAAUUCUAUUUUUGUGAAAUGAAUAAUAAAACAUUUACACUGAUGAAAGCA